AUGGCGCGACGGGUGCCCGUGACCUUCGAGGACCUGGCCGUGCGGUUCUCCGUGGACGAGUGGGCGCUGCUGGAGGAAUGGCAGAGGACGUUUCACCGUGACGUCAUGAGAGAGAACUUCGAGCUGCUGGUCUCCCUGGGUCAGCCGCUCUCCCCUUCCGUGUUCCUGUCCCUGACGGAGCCGUGGGAAGCCAACCGGGGCAAAGGCUGUUUGCGUCCCGGGGUGGCGGAGCGGCUUGGUGAAGACUGCGGCGCCCCGGGCGAGUGGCAGGGCAGCCUGCACCUCAGUGCCCUGGUGCGGCUGGUGAAGACGAUCCCGGAGUUCCUGUUUGGGGAGACCAAAGCCCCCACGGAGACGGCGGAGAGGGGACCGGCGGGCGCGGAACCUCUUGAGCUUCUCAGGCCGGGAGGGGACGCAGGGCCAAUGGAGAGCUGCCUCCAAGAGGUGCCUGGCCACCCAGCCAUCUCUGCUGGCCAUUUGCCCGCUCAAGGGCACGGGGAACUGAAGAACCCAGAGCCCCAGCCCGGGAACCCACUCAGGGCCGGGCCGAUGGGCGGCCCCUGCCCCCGGCCAUCCCUCGGUGGAGGCAAGGAGGCUCCGGAAUCUGCACCUGGCCAGCUCGGUACAUCCGCCUGCGGUCAGUCCCCGGGCGGCAUCGCUGGUGGCCGAGGGAGGCCGGAUUCGGACAGUGGAUCCAUGGGGCCAGAGGUCUCUCCCGGGAGCAGCCCCCUCGAAGGCCUCCUCAACUGCCUGAAGGAAAUCCUGGUGCACAGACCCCAGCCCUCCCCGCCGGCCGCCCACCGGAUCUCUCCCCACGGCGCCCUGGGGGCCAGGGAGCCACCUAGGCUUGACAGAAGGGGAGGGGUGCCAUCUUGGGAAGUGAAAGCCGGAGGUAGUCCCCCUGCCCGGACCUCCCCUCUCCAGGACCUGCUCAACCACCUGCGGGACAUUCCCGAAACCAGGCCCCGCAGCCCCUCGCCAGCCCCCGCCCCCUCGUCUGCCGGCCCCCAGGCAACCAGCGGACCGUCGAGGAGAGCGGAGCCCGGACCCUGGAACUGGGCCUUUCGGGUGAAGACGGAGGUGGUAGCGGAAGAUGCCCGGGUCCCCGGCCCACAGAGCCAUGUACCCGACAGGCCCGUCCCUGCGGCCCGCCCCCCAGGCCCCAGCUCCGCCAGCAGCCCGCGUUACUCCGGGGACCAUCGAGGACCUGAGAUGCUGUGCUGGGCCCCGACUGCCCCGGUUGGCAGUGCCCACGGCUCACCCCUGGAGGCCCUGGAAGCCUGUCUGAAGGAGAUCCCCGGGAGCAGGACCCAGCCCGCUCAAGCCCCAACCGGCCCCUGGAGGCUGAGCCACGGAGAGCUGGAAGCCCAGCGAUGGAAAGGGGAAGAGGUGCCCUCGGGACUGGGCUUCAGGCAGGGGUUGAGGGGCUGGGGGAAGGAGCUCACCGCCUGCCGCUGGACCCACCCCAGCACACCCACCAGCGUGUCCUCUACCAGCAGCACCGACGGAGACCUGGAUAUCAGGGGGCCCGAGGGGAAGUGGGGCAGAGAGAUGGCGGCGGCGUUGACCGUGGCAGCGGAGACGGAGAGUUCCCCUCUCCGAGGCCUGGAGAAUUGCCUCAGGGAGAUCUCUGUGCGCAGACCCCCCAACGGCCAACCCCCUUGGGCCCUGCCGGGGGACGGGGCACAUCGAAGAGGGGAGCCCGGGCGCUGGAGGCCGCCGGACAGGGGAGGGCUGAGGAGCGAGGCCCCCGACCCCCACCGCCCAAGCCGGGGAAGCAAGGAAGCAGCUGGCAGGGCCGCCAGGCUCCCUGGCACCUCCACUCACCCCUGGAGAGGGGCUGGGGACUUGUGGCUGGCUGAGGGGGCACUAUGGAGAGGACCCUGGGAAGGGGAGUUCAAAGGGACCGUGGCUGGACCCUCUCCGCUCCGGGGCCUGGAGAACUGCCUGCGGGGGAUCUCGGCCAUGAGGCCCCCUCACUUCACCUCUGCGGCCGGCCCCGGCCCCAGCCCCAGCCCCAGCCUCAGCGCCAGCAGCAGCAGCGGCGGCUCCGACGGAGAGGACCGGAGACCGGAGCCCGCAGCGAGGCUGGCACCGCCCCACAAAGGCUCCCCGCUGUCCAGUCCAGAGCGUGGCCGGCAGGACCCCCCCGCCCCGUGGCCCCAUCCCCCUGGCAUCUUCCACAGCGUCGGCAGCUCGGGCAGGGAUGUGGGCUCCAAGAAGCCGAAGAUGGAGGCCCAGGGAACCCUUGUCGCAGCUGUGAAGAUUGAGGAGGGCACAGGGGACAGCCCCCGGAGUAACCCUCCUCCGCAGGAGAAGGAAGCAUCCACAGAGAGGCCCUGCCCAUGUGACACUCCCAGCAGCCCCGGAGGAGGGGCAUCGACAGAAUCCUGUACCUCCCUCGGGCCGAUGGACCCCGGGCCCGGGCCCGGCACCCCCUCCCCUGGUGGAGCCAAAGGAGUCGGGGGCUCCGAGGCCCUGGAGGCCGGGAUCUUGAAACCAAGCGAAACAAAAGCCCUGGGGACAAGUUCCCCACCCUCUGGCCCGGGUGGCUGCUUGAGGGACUCACCCAGCGGGGGCCCGGCCCCCACCAGCACCCUGGUCUCCCCCAGCACCCUGACUGUAACCAGCAAGUCUCCCGUUUGCACCCCCGAGGGCAUGGCACGGGGAGGCCUGGAACCCGACGGGUCAGCUCAGCUGGAGGAAGGCACGGCCUCUCCCGGCCCAGAAGAACUGCCAACCGUGAAGCCACAGAACAGCCCCGGCGGCUCCUCCGGAACCCCGGACAUUUCCGCCUCACCAAGACCCGGUCAGGGGACCAAGCGAUCGUACAGUCAGGCUGAGAUGGGCAUUGGGCCCCUAUGCAGCAGGACCCCUUGCAGCGGGUCCCCAUCAAGUGAACCACCAUGCCACAAGCCUCCACGCAGCGCCGGCCCCAGCUGGACCCCCCCGGCUGAGACCCCCGGCCAGACGGCGCACCCCUCCAGCCCCCAGCCGCGGCCCCCCUGCCCCUGCGGAGAGGCCCUGCGCGAGGACCUCCGCGGCCUUGGGGCCACGCUGUCGCAGCAGCUGGGCCAGAUCGCCGCCGCACUGGCCGGCCUCUCGCGCGACUUCGCCGCCGUGAGGAGCCACGUGGACCGACUGGAGCGCGGCCCCCGGCGGCGGCGGCGGCCCCCGACCCUCUCCUGGAGCCGCCGCUGGGGCAAAGGUACUCUCCGCCGACGGCCCCGCCGCCCUGGGCCCAAGGGCCCGCCCCUUGGGGAGCAGCCCAAGAGGGCCGAGGAGGGCAGCGGUGUUGGCCGCCCACAGGGACCGCUGCCCGGUCCACCCCCUGCGGCGCCCAACGAGGCGUCCAGCCCCGUUCUCCCGGCUCCGGCUCCCUCGUCUUCGGGCUGCUACCCCCCGCUGAACGGACGCCUUCCCUGUGGGCGGCCUGAGGGCUGCCUGGGCCCCCUGCCCACUCCAGCCCCGGCAUCCCCGUCCCCCCGGACUGCCCUCCCACCUCAGCCAGGAGGAGGGGCGGAGCCCCCGCCCGGUGCGGCCGUGCCUCUGGUUGUCCCCGGUGAGCAGAGAGAUGCUGGGAGCCCGGCCCUGGCGGCUGGGGGGGCCCCGCAGGGGCCGGACUGGGCCUGUGGCGACGGACAUCCUGUCUGGGGAGCGGCCUGGGUGGACAGAGGGGAGCCCGUGGGCUGAAUUCGCGGGAGACUUGGGCUUCCUGAGGUUCCUCCCGCCCUCCCUCCCCGGCCUUCCACUCUGUCAGGGUCAUUCUGGGGAUCAGCCCCCUCCCUGCCCUUCCCGCCCGCUCAGUUCUGCCCUCGUGCUGCCCUGGCUGCCGUUAACCCCUUCCGCCUCUCCUCUGAGCCGCGGGGGCAGGGAUUAGGGAUGGGGGGGGGGGGGCAGCAAAACUCCCCCCUUACUGCGCCUCACUGCUGAGUCCAGGAACAGCCAAAGUGUGUGUGAGAGAGAGUGUAUGUGUGUGUCUGUGUGUUUGGUUGUGGGGGGGCAGUGUCAGUGAGGCUGCAGGGUCUUUGCACAAAUCAUUGCCCACCUGCUCGCCGCCCCCCUCCCGGCAAUUCCCAUCACUCCCUCCCCAGGCAGCAACAAUUCCACAGGAGGGAACAGGGCCCAGCUCUUGCCCUCUUCCCCCCCCAACCCUCUAACACAUACACCCAGCGUGGUGUGUCUCCCCACUCCCCGACUCUGGCUGGCUAUCUUGCACUGUUUGUGAGGCACCGUGUCCUCUGUGCUAUACCCCUGGGCACAGAGGGCAGAGAAAAAUAUUAAACCCUUCGGUUGCUAAGGAGUGUGUAGGACUGCAGUAGACGGGGCGACAACAAGGAGGUAAGGGGAGGGGGACCGCGAUCCUGGGCGAUUCCCACCAUAGGGGGUGGCAUAUGGGGUUGGUGCCAGGCUGUGCCUGCUGUGAGCUCUGCCCGCUGUGGGCUGGGGCUGAGUUGUGCCUUCUGGAGGCUACGUCUACUAUAGGCUGGUAGUGGUGUUGACUUGUUGAAGGUCUGGUACUCCUCAGAGGUGGGUAUCCAUUCCGGGGGCAUCUGUGGGGCUAUAAGUUUCCAUCUGGCCAACAGCCCCAUCCUGUGCCCAUCCUAUGCCCUGGAUGGGCUGUGCUCCCCAAGCGCUUAGUACAGUGCUCUGCACACAGAAAGCACUCAAUAUAUAUGAUUCAUUGAUUGGAUGUCCAUGUGGGGGGUCAGAAGGGCCAUCUUGGAGGGCAGAGACCCCCACCCAGGACAUGAUGGAACCUGUUGGGAUUAACUGGGUCUGAUACGAUGACGAUAUCUAACCCAGGGCUUGGUAUUGUGUUUGGCAGCAAGUGUUUAAUACAUACCACUAUUAUUAUGG